AACGAUGCAGAGAGAAGGGGGGAGAGAAAGAGAACCAGACUGCACGCUCAGAGCCCUUCAUGUCAUGGACCUGGAAUAUUUUCGGGAUUUCUUCCUUCUCUUUAUUCCUUCCCAGCGGUGUUUUCUGUGAACGCGCAGGAGAGCCGUGACUGGCAUCACCAAAAUCUCUCACAUACCCACACACGCACUGUCUCUCUCUCUCACACACACACGAACACACAGUAUGGAUACACACGGACAUGAAGGGAGGUUUUUUUUGCGUGUGAGUGUUGAUUUAACAUCCCUUUGAGAAAUAAGGUGAGAACACCGGUUACGCAUUCGCACGGUCACGUACGCGCGGAGCGGACGAUGCACGCGAGGAUUUGAGUCAUUUUUUUUCUUGCUGCUGCGCUGCAAAGUUGCGAAGAAAAUCUGAGCACUUGAAUCGUGACAGCAUGGAUGGAUUUGGUGCGUUACAUUGCGCAGUCGGAGUCCGUCGCCCUCCCAGGAUAUGGUGCUGCUGGAAGGUUGUCUUUCUGCUCAGCGUCUUCUUUCACAACUACCUGAGCUCCAUUCUGGACUGUCCGCCCACAUGCACCUGCUCGCCCACAGAGAUCUACUGCAAUAAGUCAGAGGACAGCAAAGUCUUCCCGCUUCUGUCCAUCAUGAGCGCCGGGAACAGUAACGAGAGCAUUGAGGAGCUUUUCCAGAACAUCACCUCCAUACACAUUGAGAACUGGACUGGUCUGCAGACCCUGAAGGACGUGGACAUGUACAUCUACACCGGCUUACAGAGGCUAACUAUUACAAGGAGCAGCCUGGUUAACAUCCAGCCUCGUGUCUUCUCCAAGAACCCCCACCUGCGCUACAUAAACCUGUCCAAGAACCCGAUGUUGACCACACUGUCCUGGCAGAUAUUUGAACAUCUGCAGCUCUACGAACUUCAUUUAGAGGACGUGAUGUUUUCCUGCGGCUGUGAGAUUCGCUGGCUGCAGCUAUGGCAACAGAGAGGAGAGGCGGGGCUAAGCGGCCAACAGUUAUACUGUGAGGAUUACAGGAAGACUGGUGACAGGAUGAUACUGCUGCAGGAUAUGAACAUUAGCAGUUGUGACCCUCCAGAUAUCAGCGUCAGCCACAGCAACAUCACUGUUAUCGAGGGUGAUCGAGUAACGGUGAUCUGUAAUGGCUCUGGGUCCCCGUUACCUGAAGUGGACUGGCCUGUCAACGGCUUGCACUCAGGCCACCAUCAACAGGCCACCGUCUACGACAACAACACUAUUCAUUCCGUCACCCUAACUUUGUUCAAUGUGAGCAGAGACGAUAACAACUUCCUGCUAACCUGUAUCGCCACCAACAUAGUCGGCAUGAGCAACGGUUCCGUCCAGCUAACUGUUCACUUUCCUCCCUCCAUCGUGAAGCUGAAGGAGCCAGAACGCCGCCAUGACACGUGCAUUGAGUUCACUGUCCGAGGCUCGCCCCAUCCGACCUUACGAUGGUACUACAAAGAUCAGGAAAUAUCCCACACUGAGUAUGUGCGUCCUGAUAUGGAUAUUUAUCAGGACUACAUUGAGGGCUGCCUAACCUUUAAAAACCCAACACACCACAACAACGGCAACUACACUCUGGAGGCCAGCAACUACCUGGGUUUGGCCUCCAGAACCGUGUACGGACACUUUCUAGACAAGCCUUUCGAUGUUGCGGAUACAGAUUAUGAUUAUGCAACUCCGACUGCAGAGACUCACAAACCUGAGGAAGAUACUUUUGGGGUCACCAUAGCAGUAGGCCUGGCAGCGUUUGCCUGUGUGAUGCUGGUGGUUCUCUUCCUUCUCAUCAACAAAUAUGGACGUCGCUCCAAGUUUGGCAUGAAAGGACCAGUAGCAGUAAUAAGCGGUGAGGAAGACUCUGCCAGCCCCCUUCAUCAUGUCAACCAUGGGAUUAUCAGCCCCUGUACGCUGGAUGGCGGGCCGGACGCCGUGGUGAUUGGAAUGACCAGGAUCCCUGUGAUAGAGAACCCACAGUACUUCAGACAUGGACACAACUGUAACAAACCCACCACCUAUGUUCAGCACAUUAAACGGAGGGACAUUAUUUUGAAGAGGGAGCUUGGAGAAGGAGCCUUUGGCAAGGUCUUUCUGGCUGAAUGUUACAACCUGAGCCCCACAAAGGACAAGAUGCUGGUAGCUGUAAAGACUCUGAAGGACCCCACUCUUGCAGCCAGGAAGGAUUUCCAGCGUGAGGCUGAGUUGCUAACCAAUCUCCAGCAUGAGCACAUAGUGAAGUUCUACGGAGUGUGUGUGGACGGAGACCCUCUCAUCAUGGUCUUUGAGUACAUGAAGCAUGGAGAUCUCAAUAAAUUUCUCCGAGCCCACGGACCAGAUGCCAUGAUCUUGGUGGACGGGCAGCCUCUGCAGACCAACGGGGAGCUGGGUCUGUCCCAGAUGCUGCACAUAGCCAGUCAGAUCGCAGCUGGGAUGAUCUACUUGGCGUCUCAACACUUUGUGCAUCGUGAUCUGGCAACCAGAAACUGCCUGGUGGGGAAUGGCCUUCUGGUGAAAAUAGGAGACUUUGGCAUGUCCAGAGACAUUUACAGCACAGAUUAUUACAGGGUUGGAGGUCACACCAUGCUGCCUAUCCGCUGGAUGCCUCCCGAGAGCAUCAUGUACAGGAAGUUCACCACAGAGAGUGACGUGUGGAGUCUCGGAGUCAUCCUGUGGGAGAUCUUCACCUAUGGCAAACAGCCGUGGUUCCAGCUCGCCAAUAAUGAGGUGAUAGAGUGCAUUACUCAGGGCAGGGUACUGGAGCGGCCCAGGCUCUGUCCCAAGGAAGUCUACGAUAUGAUGCUGGGCUGCUGGCAGAGGGAACCACAACAGCGCCUCAACAUUAAAGACAUUCAAAAGUUGCUGUUUUCUCUGAUGAAAGCCACACCGGUCUAUCUGGACAUACUGGGAUAGGAAUGACCAUGAGGGGAAAGGAAUUCUGUUAUAGGUUGGACCACCAGAUCUCCACUGGAAUAGAAAUGAGUACACUGGAUCAGAAGGAAAUGGACUGCCUUGGAGCAGAAGUCUGGCUUGGACUCACAGCUAAAUCUAUGGUGGACACAUGUGAAUUAGGAUUAGGAAUGGGCUUUACCUUGCAUCAAACUGCCUGACAUAUAAGGAUUGGAAUGAACAAACUAAAGUGGAGUAUUGCAAGUUUAACUGGAUUGGAAUUAACUGGAUUACAUUGCAUUGCAUCACACUAUAAUCAAAGGAAAUGUCUUGGGCCUUACCAACGUGGUCAGGUCUGGGCUUGUUAGAUCCAGUAUUGCUCCCUUUUUGAAUGAACUCAUGACUAAAAGACAUGACUUUGAAGAUCACAUUGCAUCAAACUGGACUGAACUGGAUUAACCUGAUUGUACUGGUCUGGUAUGGUUUGGUUUUCUUCAUUUCCUAGCCUAUGCGUCCUCAUUUCACCCUGUCUAAAUCAGUGCAGCUUUGGUUCUAUCUUGAUGGAGCCUGACCUAGCCUGGUAGAAUAUGGCUCGGUUUGGUUAUUUAAAAUACUGUGUACCCCUUACCAUUAUAUUGACCUCACCCUAAUCAAUUUUUAUUUGUUUCACAAACCCUAAAGCUGCCCACACAUGAUGAUCGGUGAAAUUGCUCUGCACUGGCUGUCCCAUUGUCGAUGGAGUUGCCCAACUAGGCGGAGGUGCUACCCUUGCUGUAGUACAUGGCUCUAAAUUGUCACCUUGUACUCACCUUUCUGAUCUUUUAAGGUGCAACCAGUGAGAUAAGAGAUGUUUCUGCCGUAGCCAUAAGCAACACAUGCAAACAGCGGAGGUAGAGAGUGAUGAUGGAAACACUCGCUAACGUUAACGUACACAACAAACUUACAAAACGUUGAAAAUAUAACACGUUCUCCUCAGAAAAACUAAUAUAUGGCAAAAUGUCAGCAGUCCAAUGUGGCUACCAUGUUUGUGAAUAAGCAUAUAGUUGACAAACUUAGCUAAAUCCAACAAUAAAGUUAGCCUAGCUGUUUAUGUGCGCAAUUUCUGCUAAAGAUUACCCACGCUGUGCUUUGCCUCUGCAACUAAUGUGUGCCCUACCUUGCGACAAAUGAAGAGCAAAUUUCACGACUAUCGUGUAGAAGUUCAGAAGGAGGAUCUAAAGAAACCUCUGUGCUUUUAAAAAAAAUGGAUGCCUUUGUCUUUGAGGAUAUCUUACCCAGGCUUGUCUAUUUGCCUAUAGUUUUACACACCUUGGGCUUGCCAUUAUUGCUUGGCCAGAUUGGACUCAAUGCCCCUCAUGUGGAACUUGAUAGUGUUCAUGGCAAAUGUUCUGGAAGAUCUUCAUGAAUCCACAGUUUUGAAGUACUAAACAUGUCUGUUAAUUAAAUCUGUUAGGGAUAAAAUUCUAUAUCAUGACCUACUUUUGGCGUGUGAAACAAUUGUUACCUUUUAAUUGUUUAAUUGUUACCUUUUUUUUUUUCAAUCCAAAAUGAUGAUGAUAAUAUUUUGGUGGUUCUUAGUAACACUAUAGAGACAAACUGAAGUGCUGCAUCAUUUCAUUUUGGAACCUUUAAUGGCAUGACAACUCCUGAAACCAGCAGCAUUCUUGUGGCUGCGAGUGAAAUUGUCCAGCCGGUUCUCAUGUCAAAAACGUCAAUAUAUUCAUAAUAUAUAUCAUGUUUUUUUUCAUAACUUGCGGUAGUCACAUGAACCAUGUAACUACUUCACUUCCGGCAUUUACGUUCAUUAAUUUUCUGUAUAAAUUGUCUUUUAUAACGUCUUACCAGAAAGUUUUGGCCCUAAACCUAGGUCAGUGGUUUUACAACAUAUAUCCACAGAAACUGCAGUCUUUUUACAACCGCAGACCGUACGUGUGUGCUAUUUUAGAAUUCGCCGUUGUACCGCGAGCCGCGAUGCGUACCUACGUGUCGUAAUGGGUGGUACUGACACACAACCUCUUCUGCCAUUUAGGUUGGAGAACUUGUUGAUUUGUCCUCAUACAAACUUUAGGAAAGGAAUAAAAAUGCAAGACAGGCAGUUAUAGCUUAAUGUUAAGGGAAUGCACGGUGCACAUGACCAUCUGUAGGUCAUUUCAUUUUUCAACACUGUUCAUUGAAACUUUGAGCAAGUGGGUCAACAAGAAAAGACAAUUUGCAUUAUUCAAACAAGUCGUGUGCAGCAGCCACUAUGUUCUUAAGUGCUAGUCCAAUGUCAGCACGCUUCAUUGUUUUCAACUGCAAAGCCUUCAUAGACACACCUUCUUGUGUUGAACUCAUUACCCCACUGAGCUGUUCACUUGUGCAAGAGCCCAACCAGACCUUCCAAUCCUGAGCCUGGAAGUGUGGCCCGAAUGACUGUCUGUCACCAUAAAGAUGGACCUAAGUGCCUCCUCCUUCUUUCUAAACACUGGGAACUCAAAAGAGAAAAAAAAACAACAAAAAAAACUUUCGUCUUUCAAAAUAAGAGCACUUUUACAUUUUGUUUACCUGCUUAAAAAUGUACACUAGCUGUAAACCUUCCUCAUUUUCUUACAAAUAAACUUUCAGCACUCUAUGUAUUGCAAAAAAUAGUAAUAAAAACCUUCAAAAAAAGGAAUACAAUUAUCAAAAUAAUACAGAAAAAAGAGACCCCUGCAGUGGGGGCAAAAAUAAACAAAAAGCUUUUUUGUACCCUUUGCAGCUCAACAAAAACAUUGAACUACCCAAGGUGAAGUUACAUUCUUGUUUUUAAAAAAAACAUAUAUUUUUUAUUUAUUUUUAUUUUCAAUCAAAGAGUGGACCUCUGCCAUGUUCCAAAGCCAUUGGAAUAUUCUGCCACUGGGGAGGACAUAAGUGAUCACCACUUAAAGACAAAUAAUUGGCUAGGAGGAAGCCUUCAAGGAAGCCUUUUUGUUACAUACCUGGAUCCACUCCGACAUCAGUGAGACACAACAGCUGUACGGCAACAGAAAGUCUGAACUGAAACGAUCACGAUGGAGCUACCAGUCGAUGAACAAAA